AUGGCGGCAACCCCACUGGCCGCUUACGAUAACAACUAUCCCGAACAAGAACCAGAAAUAGAUAGCGAACAAGACGCUGAAGGGGACGAGGACCCUGAGUUUUAUGAUGCGACUGCGCAGGCUGGGAUAGUCACGACGUAUGAAAACUCGACUGUGACGGUUGAUGGGACAUACCAUGGAAAAGGGGAAACUGAUGAAGGAGGUGCUGUGGACGAAAAUAAUGUCAACCACGAAAAGGAACCCAGCCUUAUAGAUGAUGAUUCUAAGGAGAAGGUGGAUCAGGAUGCUGCAGUUAUAGGAAGUGCUAGCGAGGAUGGCAAAUCGGCGAGUGAAGCAGAUGAACUGGAUGCUGAAUUCGAAGAGCUUUCAAAUGAGAGUAAUGCAGUUGCCAGCGAAGCGUCCUCUGAAUCUGACUCCGAAGCUGAAGAGGAAUGGGAAGCUGAAAGCAACGAACAAGAGGAUGCUGAUACAGAACCCCCUGUUGAGAACAAUUGCAUUGUUUGUAAAGAGGAUGAAGAGCACGAUCCAAGUGAGGUCUUUGAAGAGCCAUUAAUAUGCGACACAUGUAGUGUUCAUUAUGCCGGUAAAUGGAAGUGUCCGUUAUGUAAACAUUUGCACUCCCAACCGGACACAAGGAACUCCUCCACCGCUCGACAAAAAUCUACUGUCUCUAGUGUUACGAAAGAUCUGCUCCCUGCGGACAAUGAUACCCAAGAUCCAAAUUCUCAUUCCGUAUUUAACUCAUUAAUCAUCGAAGACGAUCCAUUGGAUGGCUCCCGCUCUUUGCGAAAAAGGAAAUCAUCAUCCUAUGAGGCUGAAAAUAGACGCUCGACCACACGGAAACGACGGAAAGUCACUCCUCCGCACGGACAAGCGUUACCGACAACGAGGGCCAGCGGGAGUCGCUCGCGUGCCCCGAGCCAGAACCAACUUGCAGAAAAUGAUGUUACAACUGUGCACGAAAACCGAGCACCUCGCCAGAGGAGAACGAGAAAUGCCCAAAAGUAUUACUGCAGCAUUGUGCAGAAACAAGAAGGGCGGUUAAUACUGUCAUUCAAUCUUGACCAGGAAAAGAUUCAAAAGAUACUGAACAGUAAACCAAGGCCGAGGAGCCAACGGCGAAGACCAUUACCUAAACCCCCAACUAUACCUGAGCCUCCGCCGGUAUCACACUUUGCACCGACAAACCCAACUCCAUAUGCUGCACCUUUCUACUCCUUCCACGACCGAGAAAACGAUGAACUCAAGUCAAAGCCUUAUGGUGGAAUUUUAUCCGAGGCCGAAGCUGAUACGUCGCGAACUGUACCUCUGUCGACAGAUAGGGAUAAGUUUGAGGCAGCUCGUCAAAAGGCAGAAGAAGAAUGGCGGAAGAAAAUGAUGGCAAAUGAGGAAGACUCGGAUAAUGCUCUCCUCUCUUCUCAAAAGCUGUCUGGGCCACCAAGCAAAAUCAAGUAUAUCAACUUUGGCGGUUAUGAGAUUGAGACUUGGUAUGCUGCACCAUAUCCUGAAGAAUACAGUCGCAAUCGGGUUUUAUACAUUUGCGAAUUUUGCCUCAAGUAUAUGAACUCCGAUUUCGUUGCAUGGCGACAUAAACUCAAAUGCCCUGCAAAGCAUCCUCCGGGCGAUGAGAUCUAUCGGGAAGGGUCUGUUUCUAUAUUUGAAGUGGACGGGCGGAAAAAUCCCGUCUAUUGCCAAAAUCUCUGUUUACUGGCCAAGCUCUUUCUGGGUUCAAAGACACUCUAUUAUGACGUGGAACCUUUCUUAUUCUACGUCAUGACAGAAUAUGAUGAAUGGGGCUGUCAUUUUGUUGGAUAUUUCAGCAAAGAGAAGCGGCCGAGUUCCUCGAAUAAUGUCUCUUGUAUCCUGACCCUUCCAAUCCACCAGAGAAAGGGUUAUGGAAAUCUCCUGAUUGAUUUCUCUUAUCUUCUCACCCGACUAGAAGGAAGAACAGGUUCUCCGGAAAAACCAUUAUCUGAUAUGGGCCUGGUUUCCUAUCGCAAUUACUGGCGUCUUGUUCUAUGUUAUAAGUUUCGGGAUAAAAAAUCACCGACAAGCAUUACAGCGAUAUCCGAACAGACCGGUAUGACUCCCGAUGAUGUUAUAUCCGCGUUAGAAGGCCUGAGUGCUCUCGUCCGUGAUCCUGUCACUAAGACUUAUGCGCUCCGCUUGGACUACGAUUUUUUUGAAAGGUACAUAGAGUCUUGGGAGAAAAAGGGCUACGUCAAGUUGAAUCCCAAUUCUCUGGUGUGGACGCCGUAUAUAAUGGGCCGCAGUAACAAGUCCCACUAUGACCAUGCGCCCAUUCAUACUGUUGCUCCUCGUGAAGAGAUUGAUGCCGAUGAGCCAACUGCGGCAACCAAUUCCAUACCCACCAACUCAUAUGGCCUCGGCAUUAGCGCAAGCGACGCUGAUACAGCAAACAGCGUUGCAGGAAGUGGUGUUGAAACUGUCAAUACCAAUGGAAAGGGCUUCUCUGAAGCUUCGCCUUCAUUGUUCGACGCUCCAGGACCGCCUUCCACCAGCGCUCUGUCAUUCGCUGAUGUCAUGGCCAAACAAGCUCCUAGCACCAAUGGUCGUCAAUCGUCAUCUACUCCUUCAAACCCUGCUUUUGGCAUUCCCCCAACGAGGUUCGAGAUCUUUCCUCCACCUCAAGGUGCCAGUACCAGUACUCCUACCGUUAAGCGACGACCAGGUCGGCCAUUUGGAACUCGGAAAAAGGUUCGCUCCACCGCACAAUCUCCAGCAAGAACGAGUGGACAUAGUACGCCCAAAAAGAGCAAACCUUUACGCCUGGGUACUCCUUCCACAGCAACAAGACCCCUGCGCUUCAGCGUUCGACGGGCGAGAAGUAGCAUGCUAGGUGACAACCCGGACACAAAACACGACACUGAUCCUGAAAGUCCCGGCGGAACCAAGCGGUUUGACUAUCCUAACUCAUUUCCAUCGACAUCCAAUGGUCCCACUGAUCAACCCGAAGCAAAUGGCUCCCCUGAAACUGAUAAAAAUGACGAGGAGACUCAUAUCAAUAAAAUACCAGAGUCGAUGGAAAUUGACCGGCAAUUGCUUAAUGGUAUUGAAGACCACACGCGCAAUCACCAACCGCAGCUAGUUGAUGGUACGAAUAAGAACGAAACUGAACUUACGAAUGGUUUAACGAAGCCGAUGGAUGAUACCUCUCAAAGUAUCGCCACACAGGUGGACAACCCUGGUGAAAACGGAGCUUCCGAUGCUCCUUCGGAAAAAAAGAUUCCACUACAAUGUUCAUGA